AUGCCAGCAAGCGUGCAAAAAUAUCGAGAUCAACUCGAAAAUCGAUGUUUGUUGGUAAAGGAUCUAAAGGUCUUUCCAAUUGAAGCUAUUGUGCGCGGAUACAUCACUGGAUCGGCUUGGUCAGAAUAUAAAAAGAAAAAAAGCAUGUGCGAUAUUCCAUUACCUGAUGGAUUAUUGGAGAGUCAGAGUUUUGAGAAGCCUUUCUAUACACCUAGUACGAAAGCGGAAAUCGGCAGUCACGAUGAAAAUAUUCAUCCUGAUAAAGUGGUCGAAAUUGUUGGAGAGAAGUUUGCACAUGAUAUAGCAGAAACUUCUGUGAAAUUGUAUUCAAAGGCUAGGAAAUACGCAUGCGAUAAAGGGAUAAUUAUAGCAGAUACGAAAUUCGAAUUCGGUACUGAUUCUGAUGGAAAUUUGUUUCUUGCGGACGAAGUUUUAACGCCAGACUCAUCCCGAUUUUGGCUUUCCUCGAAUUAUAAAGUUGGUGAAAAACAAGAUAGUCUUGACAAACAAUAUUUACGUGACUACUUAUUAAGCAUUGGAUUUGAUAAAAAAACCAGCAUUCGGAUACCUGAAAAUAUUGUUCAAAAAAUUUCGGAAAAAUAUGCAGAGAUCUAUGAAAUGUUGACUGAAGGUGAUCCCGGUUUUAUUUAG